GGCGCGCAUAAAAGCGAACAACGUGCGCUUAGCGCGUCAUUUUGUCGCUCGUUGGUGGUGUUCGCGCGUCGGUCAGUGGUCUGCCGUGCCGCAACAAGUGCGCCAACGUGACGAUUGCUCGCGCUUAGCGCCCAACCCCUUCGGCACAAACCUCCCGGCUCGCAACGGAUUCGGAAGGGUUGCAGUUCACUCUAACUGGCGAAACAAAUCCUACAAUGCUUAGUAUGUGGUCCGUGACUGGGAUGGCGAAGAACCACCAUUGCGUCAGUGUAGUCUACAGGGAUACGACCCAGGCGGACUACGACGUCUCGGGCGAAACAUUCAACCACUCGUCAACAAGGCAUGCCAGCGCAAGCAGCAAUCAUCUUGACACAGGUGAUUCCUCAUUUUUCUUCGAUGACCUAACAAAGCCACAUGUAGGCAGCAGCAACCUCAAGGAGUCUGCUGUGCCGCCCUUUGUUCCAAUGGAUGACGUGUUUCUUUUCGAUCUUCCUCACUUGGAAUCCUUGCCGACAGACUUGCCUUCGCCAACCCGGAUGUACAACGGUCUGCCGCAGGAGAAAGUGCUCACACCACUCGACAAGCCCACCGCUGAGGCAGCCCUGCCAGCCCAAGCGUAUUCCCCAGCCACAAUGGAUAUGUGGGAACAGAACGAGACCUUCCAGGACCUGUCUGAACUGAUACAGGAGGGAAAGUCAACAGCUGUUCUGCCGCCUGUGUCAAGCCAGUCGUGCUACACCCUGCCAUCGCACUCGAGUCACCGGGUUCCAAGCAGCAGCAGUGAUGCCCUAUCUGCACCUUCUUCCAGCAGCUGCAACAGCAGUCCCAGCCCAGCGAGCCAGACAACCUGGCAGCUGCAGCCGCCGCCCCCAGUGCCACCGCCUGCGUCCACUGCUACCACCACUACUGUGUCUGUGAAGCGGUCCAUCAGCCCUCUCGAUGAGCCGGGCCCUUCUCAUGCAAGCGGACGCUGCUCCCCCAAGCUGCAAAAGCUUGAGGAGCCACCUGAGCCCCGGUAUUCAGAAAUGCGGGUCAAGAACAACAUGGCCUCUCGGCGCUCGCGGAUGACUCGCAAGGAGAAGGAGCUUGAGAUGGAGAAGCGGGCAUCAGAGCUCGAGCAGGAGAACGAAAUCCUGAGGAUCAAGGUCAAGAAUCUGGAGGAGCUGACAGACAGGCUCAAGAAACACCUUAUCAACUCCAUAGUCAAGAAAUGAGUGCUGGACACUCUCUUGUUCAUCUUUCUCGAUUUCGCACUUGUCCACGUGGCCUGCGCGAGUUCGUUGUGUUCUUUGCGUCCUUUCAUCAGCAGCAGAUUUUUUUUUCUGCCGCAUUCUUAGACUCAUGCCAUCCCGUCUGUCAUUUUCGUCACUAAUUUCUCUUAAAAGAUAUCUGAGAAUUGGGUGAAGUAUUGGUGAUAGACUAUACUUCAACUAAGGCCAAUGGGGCGUGCUAGAAGAGUAAGGCAUCAGUGUUAAUCAAUUUUUGUAUCGGAAUCAUGUCUUGACAUGCAAAUAUGAAAUUUAGGACUGACUGCAAAAAUAUAUCCUGUAGUGCCAAAAAUUUUACUCUCUUCACAUGUCUUGUAUGUUACUAAACUGCUAUGUGUUGGCUCAAAACAUUUGAAUGCAAUGAACCACCUGUUAUUAUUGUUCAGGACAAGAACUGCCUAUUGUGCCUACUGCUUUCCACAUCCUUACUUAAUACCCGCCCUCAGUAUUUAAAGACUUGAAGUGCAGCUCUCUGCAUUCUUUGUCUAUUACAUGUGAACACGGUUUGUACAUAUAUCAUUGCCAAAGUUUGAGUCUGUGUGUGUGUGUGUGUGUCUGUGUGUAGUACGGACUGCUGGGCAGCUGUACGAGACUUCAAGUGCCUUGAUUUCACCACUGGAGUGCAAUUUUACAGAUGUGUUCUGAGGCACAUUCUAUUUGUACAUAACUGUACAAUAAAAAAAUAAGCUAUAGAAA